AUGGCCCAAUCAGGGUCUUCACAGGAUGAUUCACCUCAAAAUACACAACAAACAAAUUCAGCUUCAUCAAUUACAUCUUCUAGUGAUCAUGAAGAUGCUAAUACAGUAAUUGAAAAAUUAUCUGAAAGGAUUGCCUCUAUAAAUCAUGAAUCAUCUGGUGCUUUUAGUGAUGGCGAUGGUCUAAGUGAUAUAAGCAUGGGUAAUAUACCAGUUUUGGGAACCUUAAAACGAAGUACUGGUAAUGGUUCACAAGCUUCUUUAGUUACAAAAAUUUACUAUCAUAUAGAUGAUGAUCAAACACCAUUUUUAUCUGAAAUUCCGGUUCCACCUGAUCGUUGUACUUUAGCUGAUUUUAAACGGAAAUAA